AUGGAAUCGGGCGGCGCGAUGGAUCGCUCCCAGCCCGAGCCCUCCGCCGGCGUCGGCGACCGCCUGAGCAAGUUGGAGGACCGCGUGCUCGGCAACAUCCUCUCCUUCCUCCCGGCCAAGGAGGCGGCGCGAGCGGCGCUGCUCUCGUCGCGGUGGCGCCACGUCUUCGCCGCCGUGCACACCAUCUCCCUAGAGGAGCCGGAGCCCCCGAUCCCCGACGACGACUGGCGCGGCUACUGCGACUCCCCGUCGUGCCGGCCGCCGGGGGACCCCAACGCCCCGCCGCCCUUCUCCAGCGCCGUCAGCGCCGCGAUCAUCGCCCGCCAGCGGCGGCGCGGCGCGGCCCCCCUGCGCCCCCUCCGCGUGGCCAUGGAAGACUACCGCGCCGGCGACUCCUCCGCCGUGGACCAGUGGGUCUCUUACGCCGUGCAGCAGGCCGCCCCCGAGGGCCUCGACCUCCGCCUUAGCUGCCGCCGCCUACCCUGCCCGGGGGCUUACUACGAACUCAGCGCCGAGACGGAGUUCGACGUCCGAUCCGGGUCCGACGACGACGACAGCAGCAGUAGCGCCGCCGUCUCCACUGACGACGAGCUCGAGGAUGUCCGUCUACCCCGGUGGGAGUGGGUUCAGCCGGAGUACACCGUCCCGAGACUCCUCUUCUCCUGCGCCGAGCUGCGGUCGCUCUCCCUGGGCUCCUGCCGGCUCUCCCCGCCGGCCGCCGCCUGCCUGCCGUCCCUCGUGACCCUGCUCCUGUGCGACGUCCCCGACGGCGGGGCCGACGUGGAGCGGCUCAUCGCCGGCUGCCCGCGCCUCGCCGACCUGACGCUCGAGGCCUGCGACGCGGUGACCGCGCUCACCGUCGCAGGCGGCGCGCGGCUCCGGAGGCUGGCCCUCCGCUGCUGCCACAGGCUGGCCGCGGUCGCCGUCGACUCCUCGGAGCUGCGAGCCUUCGAGUAUCGCGGCGCCGUGCCGUACUACGCCGCCUCGUUCCUCACCAUGCGCGGCGGCUCCGGCAGGGUCGCCUACUGCAAGGUCCACAUCUGCGGCGCCGAGACCAGUAACCCGUGGCAGCUUGUGCAUCUGUUCGCGAACUCCAGGCACCUGCACCUCGAGUCGGCUCGCCUCGGCUCAGGCUUCGGCAUGGCCGUGCCGCCGGCGAGGUCGUCCGCUUCCUUCUCCAGCAUCCGCCACCUCGAGGUGAGGGGAUGCCUGCCCGACCACGACGCCGGCGUCAUCGUCGACGCCAUGAGCGGGAUCCUCGAGCUCGCCCCGAACCUUGAGGCGCUGUCGCUGGCCUUCCACCACCAGGAACAGAGAUUUCUCGCUUAUUCAGCGAGGAGGAGCUGCUGGACGCGCACCAUCUCGGGGGGCAGGGCGCAGAGGGCGCUGGCCAAGUUCCUGCUCUGCAACGCGCCGGGGGUCGACAAGCUGUGGUGCGAGUUCGCCGAGGGGCCCCUGUGGACGCAGGUUCAGUUGAUGCGCGAGAUCAAGUGCUGGCUGAUCAACAAGUCGGCCAGCACCCACUUCGCUUGA